AUGGACUCUUCAGAUAGCGAAGACUACAUCCCCGGCCGCUCCCCAAAACCAACAACAAGCUCAAAAUACGCCGAGAAGCAUGGAGACACACGCGUGAGUCUCUUAGACGUGGUCAAGAAAGUAAAACCACAUAGUCCCACCACUCAAGCACUUGAGUUGAGAGCUGUAAGGGAUCUGGGACCUGAAGAAGAUGAAGCAGAAAUGAGAACGUUCACCGAAGAGGAUUACCUCCGAGUCCGCGAUAGUACGUUUAGCUUGCCUGUGGCGCCUGCGGUGAGAAGGCACGAGGCAGAAGUGGCUUCGAGGGACGAACGAGCUGCGAGACGUGCUGCGAGAGAUGGUACUUCUGCACCUGCGACCACAACUCGGGCAACUCGCCGCUCGACUAGAUCUGCAGCGGUCUCGUAUGCGGAGUCUUCGCCCACUGAGGCCGUACGCUCGUCUCCGGGUUUCGAAAGCCCUGAGUCUGAGGAGUACUCGCCAGUUCCUCGCGGCACCAAGCGUAAGCGCACUGCCUCCAGGUACGAAGACGAGGUAGUUGAGACUGGUGCUAAGCGUCGUGGCACUAGAACCAUCAAAGAGGACAGUGAUGAAGAGAUGGAAGAUGCAGCGAGUCGUUCUCGGUCCGUUACGCCUGCACCGCCGAUCAAGAAACGGAGUAUGAAAAUCACUACGUUGGCUGAUAGCGAUGAUGAGAUGGAAGAGCCGGCUGUGAGCAGGAAGUCUGCUACUCGCUCGAGGUCUGUGACGCCUGCUCCACCGAUUAAGAAGAGGAAGGUUGAGGGAAAGCGCAAGACUGUUGUUGAGGAUAGUGAUGAUGAGAUGGAGUAG